GUCAACACGUAGCCCCAUUUUACUAAAAUCUCUGCGUAAAGUUAAAAUACUUCAAAAAGUGCAUAAAUUUAACCAUGCCGUCGAGUGAUAGCGAUGACUUCGAAAGUGCGGACGAAGGUCAUGGCAGCGUGGAAAAGAAAGGGAGGAAGAAACGACUCUCAUCGUCGAAUUACAGUGACAAUACUGUUGAAUCUGACCAAGAACCAAAGAAACCAGCUGCCACGAUGGGGAAAACCCCUGUAGAAACUAAAGAAGAAAAAGAAUCAGAUGGAUGGGGAGAUGGCUGGGAUGACAUAGAUCCUGAACCAGAGCCUAAAAACGAUUCUAAAACUAGCACUUCAACUAAAGUGGACACAAAGAGUGAAGUUAAGGACAGUGGAAAAUCACAAGACACUGGCUGGGACGAUUUUGAUGACUGGGGGAAUGAUGAGAUUAAAGAUCCUCAACCUCAAUCGACGAAACCUCAGCAAGCACCAGCACCAAAACCUCAACCGGAAGCAGACAUAAAGGCAGUGACAGACCGCCUGGCAGAAUCUGCCAGUAAGAGCAGCUGGGGGUGGGGGUGGGGCGUGGAUUCUUUACUGAGCACAGCUACCGCUGGUAUUUCUACCAUCACCAAUCAGGUUUCACAGGGCAUCUCAACAGUCCUAGAAACCGGUAUAGGCGCACCGGACCCAGAGGAGCUAGCGAGAAAGGCCAGAGAGAGUGAAGCCAAGACAGAUAGGCCCGAGGAAAGGUCGGAGAAGGCAGAGGAUGCCGGUGAUGCGUUCCAGCUGGGUAGCCUGCUGUCUGGAGUUACCAAGUUUGUGGAGACUACUGGUAUGUUAAUAUCAAGUGCCCCCGUAAGGUCUGAACAGAGACACGCUACAAAAGAAACCAUAGGCAAGAAGACCAUGGAAGUCCUACAAGACGGUGACCCCGGGUUAGCCAAGAAGCGGGCUAUGCUAGGCCUAGAUCCCGGGGACAAGCCGGUGCUGUCCCAAGUCCUGCGGGAGGCUAAAGCCAGGGCCGAUGAGGAGGACAGGGCCCGGGAAAUGAAGAGAGAGGCCAAGGAGGUGCACUAUGAGAACCUGUUCGAUGAUUUUGAAGGUUUGGUCCACCUGGAAGCGCUGGAGAUGUUGUCCCGACAAGUCAGCAUGCGGAUAGAAGAGCGGAUACGCAGCGCAGACCCUGACAAGAGACAGGAUAUUAAGGAAACUCUUCAACAGGUUGCUGAACUUUGUGAAAUGCCUGAAGAAGAGGAGGAAGAUGAAGAAACUGACGAAGGUGCGUCGAAGGCGGACGCGCUCCAUGAGAGACUCCAAACAGCUACUACAGAUAUAGGCUUGAAGCUACAGUUCCAGCCUUUAGUGAAGCAAUACACAGAAGUCCUCGAUUGGCUGUCAUCGGACGAAGCCUCCACAGACAAGGCGGUAUACAAGCGCUGCGUUAGCGGACUAGCUGCCGCCACCGCCGCCGCCGUUGAGGUGUACCAUAAGGCAGCUGAGAUGCUGCUGGUUAAGACCAGAAGAUCCACCGCAGACGAGGCAGAUGCAUUAACGCAAAUGACGGUGGUUCUAACGAAGCAUAUAAGUGAACUAGCGACGCUCUUCACCGAGAAACUGAACUCCUUGGAAUCUGAGAACAAAGAACAAAUCAAUACGUACAUCACUAAUAUAUUUUUAGAGGCCGGCAACAGUUCGACGUACAUCCAAAAUGCAUUCCAGUUAGCGCUGCCAAUACUGCAAAUAGGUGCUGUUUAGAAGGACAUUGUAAAUACAAACAUGACCAUUUAGUACGAUCUUACCAAUACUAUAUUUGUGGGGGCACUUCAGAAAAACGUCGGUAGAUAGAUGUAUGUGCAGAGUAUGUAUGCUGCCCGCUUAAUCCUUAAAUGCAUGAUUUUUUCGUUUAACGAGAUAUGAAUAUAUGUGAUAGACAAAGGUUUUCUUACUCUGGGAAAAAUAAUAAAAAAAUAUUUAAGAUCGAUUUUUAUACUAAA